AUGAAUCUUGCCCUCCUUCCUUCAUUUGGGGGCCUGCUGCACGAGUCUUGGGAGCUACACGAGCUCAGAUUCUUUUCCUGGUUGAGGGUUCAUCAAGUUGCGCAGGACGAUGAUAAACUUCGAAUCGAUUUUCUGAUCCUCUCCCUCAAGCCCAACUCGAGUCCACUCAGCUGGUUCAACGGCCAACCAGUCGACCUCAAGUCAAACUUCCUUCAAGCUCUCGACCUACUCAGGCAGAAAUACGGCAGCGAUCAAAGGAAGGACAUGCAGAAGAUCUCAGCUCUCAACUGUUUGGAAGUUCGUAGCUUUAGGGAUACUGAACACAAAACUGAAAUGGUUUUUGAGCUGAUAAACGAAUUGGAGCAACUACUAACCUGUGGUUCAGUCGAUCAAGACGUGCAGAGGAGGGAUUGUUUGCUUCGUUGUUUUCGUGGUUUCUCAGGCGCGCUCAAGAUGAUGAAUCGUACAACAUCUUACGAUGCUGCUGUCCUCGCUGCUCUUAACUGGGAGUCCAGCGUGAUCGCAAAGGCCGAAGAAGCCAUGAUCCAAGCGGGCAUCAAGCGCCAACUCGGCAAAAAUCCUCAAGCACGCAUCAAGCGGACAUCCAGCUCCAUCCAGCCUGCUAAUAACCUAUCCGAUCAGCAAGCGACAGGCGAUAUAACACACCAUUUGACCACACAAGAUUUCCAAGCCAACGCCGAUCCCAUUCGCCUCCAUCCUGACGUUUACUACAAGACCCAUCAGCCACCUAAUCAGCAGAAGCUUUUCCAAACUUCAUCGCACGAAAACUCUUUACAUCCCUUGCGGCAACGUUUCGAUGAUGGCAAUCAUAGACUGCAAGGCGGAUCAAACCAAGAAAUGCUGCACAAGAAAAACGGACAAUCAAAUCAUACAGCUUGUAACGCAUCUUCCGCAUCAGCAACUGCCUAUGUGACACCGCCUACACGAGAUGAUACUGAUCCCAGUCAAAUGAUGGAAUCGCUUGUUGACCCGCACAUUGCCCCCGAGCAAUCAUAUAGCCGUCCUCAAAUGUUCGAAAAUCAAGCCACUAGUUAUGAGCACUUAGCCCAGGCAAAUCAGAAUGAGCAAGAAGUCAUUCAUAACUCCAGCCAAACCAACAACUAUCCCCAGAAAUCCCAGUUCAAGCCGCUUGUCUAUGAUCCGAAAAAGAACCCUUAUCCGCCACCUGAACAGCUUCCGGAAAACAGGCAUCAAGCGCAGGAUCAGUUUUCGUCAUUCCCCCUCCCACAUUCGAUGGAGAGGAACGUCCAAAAUCUUAAUUCUAAUAGUCAGGAUUUAGGUCAACCUGCCCGUCUCCAGGCCAAGAGCCAUCGGCCAGCCAACCCUUCUCAGCAAGACUCGGUCCCCUUCCCAUCACCAAACGCUCGAACCCACGCUCCACCAAGUUCCGUGCAAGCUGCACGGAAGUCGCCUGUUCCCCAGAUGACAGGUGAACCACCAAAAGCUCGGACGUUGUUACCAGGCUCCUCUUCAUCUCAACAUGGCCUUCAUUUCGUCGACUCGGCUACAAAUUUAGAUAGUGCUGCAAGCUCAAUGCAAGCCCAGUUCAGUUUCGAUCCUCUCUCACGCCGACGAAGCGGAGGAAUCUCUCCAGGCCCUCAGAGGCGACCAUCGAAACUUGUCAAGCUCCGUCGAAAUGCAAGCAACAGCAGUCACAAUAGUAGCGUCGGUCAGCGUAGUAACAGCAGUCUCCGUCAGAUUCGGAGUUUUAUCGGCUCGAUUAACAGAAGGAGGAGUCAAGCUAGUCAAAGCGGCGAAGAAUCAGAUAGUACGCAAGAACAUGGUCCCAACACACCAUCAUCCCUCGAACCAGGUGGAGUUGGGAGUGGGUUUGAGAGUGAGGGGAAUGAACGACUGAGGCCGAUGCAAGCUCAAUUCAGUCGACUGUUUCGUAAGCACAACCAUCCUGAGCACCUCCGACGGGCUAAUCGGGCGAUGUUGGCGAGUCAGUUCGCACCAGCUCGUCAGAAGCCCAGCAAGGGUAAAGCCCGAGCACUCGAUGUCAACUCGGCUGCGAGUGAGGCGGUUGAUGAAUUCUUUUCUCAGAGAAAUCAAGUCGGAAGGUCCGCUAGACCAUCAACUCAACAUCCCUCAUCAUCUCCUCUUCCUCCCGCUCCCGCUCAGAAUCAAACUCGUCAGGGGUUUGCUGGGACAGGUUUACCGGCCCAGAAAAACAAGGCGAGCACCAAAUUGUCCCGAUGGAGAGCUUCCGGUUUUUGA